UUCUCACACACUCUCUGUCCUCUUACAAUUUUGUUCUAAAUGGGAAAAGUGGGGUCCACUCCCUUUCGUCCUUCAACGGCCUUGACUCCAAUCCUCUACACUCACUCACACCUUUUUAUUAUUUCUACCAUUCCAAAUCUCAUUUCCACACUCCCUCUCUUCUUCUCCUUCUCCUUCUCCUUCUCUUCUCCUCCUUCUCCUUCAAACCUCUGGUCCACACUCUGUUCUUUUGUUUCCUCCAUUUAUUUCCUCCCUUUGUCCAUACUCUCUCUUUGUUUCCCCAUUUUCUUCUUCAUCUUUCUUCUUCUGGUAAUGUGAGUCGCAUCCCACCUUUUUCUCUCUGCUUCUUCUGAUUUAAUGGCGUAUAUGUGCGCAGACAGUGGUAAUCUAAUGGCUAUUGCUCAACAACUCAUCAACCAAAAACAACAGCAAGACCAACAGCAACACCAUCUUUCUCCACUUUCCCCUUUUUCUAUUCUUCCUUGGACUAAUAACAUCAAUCCUUCCUCAACUAUGGCUUCUUCUUCUUCUUCUUCUCCUAACUUCUCUUUUGGGAUUUCUUCCUCUUCCUUCUCUGACCCUUUUCAUGUCGCCGCACCUCCUGAUUCCUCCGACCCUUCUUUUCAUUUCCCUAAUUUGGACCACCCUUCUGCCGGAUUUCGAUUCUUCCCUAAUUUUAGUGGCGCUGGUGGAGAGUUUGAAUCUGAUGAGUGGAUGGAUAGUUUAGUCGGUGGUGGAGAUUCCACGGAUAGCUCCACUUUGCCGUCUGGUUGUGAAGGUUAUGGUGAGUUUGGUCUUUAUGGUGCAGAUCCGUUUGAUGGCUCUCCGCCGUCAGUUGUUGUCUUGGAAAACUCGUACAAGAUUAAUAGUGUUCCGCCUCCAUGGCCGUCAUGUCCUCCAUUGGUGAAGGAGGAGAGAGUAACGAAUCCACCGGCGGAGAGGCCGUUGAAGAAUGAUGUUGUUGAAGGCUCAUCGAGUGCAUUAGAAGUCGAGUCAUCGUCGCCGGUUCUGAAAGUGUUGCUUGAUUGUGCGCGGCUGUGUGAUUCUGAGCCUAACCGUGCAGCGAAAACUCUUAAUCGGAUUAGUAAAUCGUUACGAGAGGAUGGAGAUCCGAUUGAGCGAGUGGGGUUUUACUUUGGUGAGGCUCUUCGGAAGAGAUUGUCCUUGACGGCGAUGAAGAAUUGCUUGGAUUCAACUGAGAGCGAUGCUAAUUCUGAAGAUUUCUUGCUCUCAUACAAAGCUCUUAACGAUGCCUGUCCUUACUCCAAGUUCGCCCAUCUCACGGCCAACCAAGCAAUUCUGGAAGUUACACAGAGAGCAAGUAAAAUUCACAUUGUCGACUUCGGAAUCGUUCAAGGUGUCCAAUGGGCGGCCCUUCUGCAGGCUUUGGCAACGCGCGCCACCGGAAAACCUGUCAGGGUUCGUAUCUCCGGAAUACCAGCGCCGUCGCUCGGAGACUCACCGGCAGCGUCUCUAUACGCCACUGGUAACAGACUCUCCGAGUUCGCAAAGAUUCUGGAAUUGAAUUUCGAGUUCCAACCGAUUCUAACGCCGAUUGAAAACCUGAAGGAAUCGAGCUUCAGCGUUCAAUCAGACGAGGUAUUGGCCGUGAAUUUCAUGCUUCAAUUGUACAAUCUCCUGGAUGAGAAUUCAACCGGAGUUCAUAAUGCUCUCCGAUUAGCAAAAUCGUUGAGUCCUCAAAUAGUGACUCUCGGUGAGUAUGAAGCGAGUUUGAACCGGAACGGAUUCUACAGUCGUUUCAAGAACGCUCUCAAAUUCUACUCCUCCAUUUUCGAAUCGCUAGAGCCGAACUUGCCUCGAGACUCACCAGAAAGACUUCAAUUAGAAAAACUAUUACUCGGCCGUCGAAUCGCCGGCGUGGUUGGAACCGUAGAAGAUUCAAGACGCGAAAGAAGAGUACGCAUGGAAGAUAAAGAACAAUGGAAGAAUUUGAUGGAAAACACCGGAUUCGAACCUGUAGCACUCAGCCAUUACGCCAUUAGUCAGGCGAAAAUACUUCUAUGGAAUUACAAUUACAGUUCUCUCUACACUCUGAUCGAAUCGGCGCCGGAAUUUCUUUCUCUGGCAUGGAACGACGUUCCUCUCUUAACUGUAUCUUCCUGGCGUUGAUCUUCCUUUACAAUUUUCUUCUUCUUCUUCUUCUUCUUCUUCUCGUUGUAUUGAUGGUAGUAAUCAGUUUCAAUCAACCAGAUCUUUUUCACUGGUGUGGAAUGGAACUGUAAAACAGUGAAUCAAACAUCAAAUUUCAAAGCUCAUCUGUUCAAAAUCUUAAAAAAAAAAAAAUGAAAGACAACAAUGGCCGCUUAAUCUUUUGAUUUCAAA